AAAAGGUAUGCAGGGUGCAGGGAUAUAGUCCGGGGGGGAGAGACCGGAUAUAGUGAAUGCAGGGUCGGGGGGAGAGCGGAUAUAGUGAAUGCAGGGUCCACCGGAUAUAGUGAAUGCAGGGUCCCGGAUAUAGUGAAUGCAGGGUCCGGGGAGACCGGAUACAGGGACCUGGGGAGAGCGGAUAUAGUGAAUGCAGGGUCCGGGAGACGGGGAGAACCAGGGUCCGGGGAGACCGGAUAUAGUGAAUGCGGGGAGUGCGGAUACAGGGAAUGCAGGGUCCGGGGACGGAUAUAUGAAUGCGGGGUCUGGGGAGAGCGGAUAUAUAUGCGGGGUCCGGGAGAGAGCGGAAUAGUGAAUGCAGGGUCCGGGGAGACCGGAUAUAGUGAAUGCAGGGUCCGGGGAGACCGGAUAUAGUGAAUGCAGGGUCCGGGGAGACCGGAUAUAGUGAAUGCGGGUCCGGGGAGAGGGAUAUAGUGAAUGCGGGGUCCGGGGAGAGCGGGAUAUAGUGAAUGCGGGGUCCGGGGAGAGCGGAUAUAGUGAAUGCGGGGUCCGGGGAGAGCGGAUAUAGUGAAUGCGGGGUCCGGGGACUGGAUGGAUAGUAAGCAAAUUGCAGGG